UCCGCGUCUCGAGUCCGGCGCGGGGCUGGCGGAUCCUCCCAAACAUGGUAGCGCCGGGAUUUAUAUUUGGGCUGGUGCUGCCUUUAAUCCUGCCGGCCGACACAAGUAAAGAUGUCCGUUUUCGCUUUGCUUCCUACAUCAAUAAUUACAUGGUGCUGCAGAAGGAGCCCGCAGGGGCAGUGAUCUGGGGCUAUGGCAUAUUCGGAGCCACAGUGACAGUGACUUUGUGCCAAGAUAAAGAAACCAUCAUGGAGAAGGUGACGAGUGUGAAAGCACAUUCUAACAGCUGGAUGGUGGUACUGGAUCCUAUGAAGCCUGGUGGACCUUAUGAGGUGAUGGCACAACAGACUUUUGGGAGAACAAACUUCACCCUGAGAGUUCAUGAUGUCUUAUUUGGAGAUGUCUGGCUUUGCAGUGGGCAGAGUAACAUGCAGAUGACGGUUUCACAGAUAUUCAAUGCGACAAGAGAGCUGUCUAACACUGCGGCCUAUCAGUCUGUCCGCAUCUUCUCUGUGUCGCUCACUGAGGCAGAGCAGGAACUGGAGGACCUGGCCAAGGUUGACUUGCAGUGGUCUAAGCCCACCUCAGAAAACUUAGGCCAUGGAGUUUUCAAGUACAUGUCAGCAGUGUGCUGGCUCUUUGGGCGUAACCUGUAUGACACAUUGCAUUAUCCCAUUGGGCUGAUCUCCUCCUCGUGGGGUGGGACACCCAUUGAAGCCUGGUCUUCUGGAAGGUCACUGAAAACCUGUGGUGUUCCUACACGAGGGUUCACUCAGUCUGAUUCUGUAACCGGUCCCAGUAAGAACUCUGUUCUCUGGAAUGCCAUGAUCCACCCACUACAUAAUAUGACUCUGAAAGGGAUGAUAUGGUACCAGGGGGAGUCCAAUAUAAAUGUUAACAGGGACCUGUACAAUUGCACAUUCCCUGCGCUCAUUGAAGACUGGCGUCAAGCCUUCCACCGUGGCUCCCAGGGGCAGACAGAGCGUUUCUUCCCGUUUGGAUUUGUCCAGUUAUCUUCAUAUUUGUCUGCAACCUCAGAUGAUAAAUUUCCCCAGAUCUUGGCAUCAACAGCAGACUUUGGCUAUGUCCCCAACGUGAGGAUGCCCAACACUUUCAUGGCAGUAGCAAUGGAUCUCUGUGAUAGGACGUCCCCUUAUGGCAGCAUCCACCCUCGAGAUAAACAGACUGUGGCCUACAGGUUGCACCUGGGGGCCCGGGCUGUGGCCUAUGGUGAGAAACUGAUCUUUCAAGGACCACUGCCUGAGAAGAUGGAACUCCUGGCUGACAGGGGGCUGCUAAACCUCACAUAUUCACAAGCAAUCCAGGUGAAGAAGCAGGACAAAAUAUUUGAGAUCUCAUGUUGCAGUGACCAUCAGUGCAAGUGGCUCCCAGCUCCCAUGGGCACUUUCUCAGCCCAGACCCUGGCCCUGAACGUCAGUUCUUGUCGCGGCACUCCCGCUGCUGUUCGCUAUGCCUGGACCACGUGGCCUUGUGAAUAUAAGCGGUGCCCCCUGUACCACCCCAGCAGCACCCUGCCGGCUCCUCCCUUCAUCGCUUUCAUGACAGACCAGAUCCCUGGAGAUCUCAGCAGCUUGCUAAAUAUUUAGCGGCAUUGCGAUCAUUACCUUGGACAUAAGUGUGCGUCCUUUCGAUGUGGGCAUUUAGCUGUUGAAGUGAUGACAGCUAUAGCUUUUAAAGGCAACUAAUAGAAAAGCCGCAUUGGACAGCUCCCAGCUAGCACAUGGCUGUGUCCGUGUUCUGAAUAGGCGAUGAGCAGUGCUGGCAGGCUAAUGAGAUGCUUGCCUCUUGUCCCCCAGUCAGCCUAGGUGUCUUGCCGGACUAAUUCCCAACUACAAAUGGAACUUCAGUGUCCUUCACUUCCCUGUGGAGAGUGCAGUGUCUAACACUUUUGUCUACUUAUAUCCAGAACUGUGGAAACUCGUGGCUGGAAAGGAUUUGAAGGCCAUGUGGGCCAGCUCCUAUUUAUGUCUUCUUUACAAAAUCUGGUAAGUGGUUACUGAAUCUCUGUAUAAAGUUUCUAAACUUCCCAACAGUUUUUCUUAUGUGGAGAUGAACUCUUUCUAGGCCUGUUUUGUUCUGUCUUAAGCCAAAGCCAGUUCUGUUCCUUUCAGUCUAAUAACUAACGUGAAUGUUUGAAACCA